AUUAGGGGUGGAGUCAUGGCUCCAAGCCCCGGCUCCAGUUGGCUGCUCCAGCCAACACUCUUUUGGUGCCUAGCUCCCAUCCCCAGUCGGUCGCUGCUACUGCCUGCCUGCUCUCUGCCUACUGCCGACCUGAGAGAAGAGCUCCUCAUGGCUCAACCACCCGUUGUUCUGGCCCGGUGCCCAAGCGCCCUCGGGCCUUUAGAUUCAGCUCAGAUUGAGCAGCUCAUUCACAAGAGCCAAGAAGCCAAGGAGUUUGCCUACUGUCCCUACAGUAACUUUCCAGUGGGGGCAGCCCUCCUGACUCUGGACGGGAAGAUUUUUUCAGGAUGCAACGUAGAAAAUGCUUCCUACCCAGUAGGCAACUGUGCGGAACGCACUGCCAUUCAAAAGGCCGUCUCAGAAGGAUACAAAGAGUUCCGGGCCAUUGCUGUUACAAGUAAUGUGAAGGAUGACUUUAUCGCACCAUGUGGAGCCUGUAGACAAGUGAUGAGAGAGUUUGGAAAACAUUGGUAUGUCUACUUGACAAAAGCAGAUGGUACAUAUCAAGUCAAGAUGGUCGACGAACUACUGCCUGAAUCGUUUGGACCAGAUGACCUGCUGAAGAACUAGUGAACCGUGAUGAUGGAACUGUCCAACAGAGAACCUUUUCAACCACCUGGGAGAAGAUUCGCUCUCAGUACUGUCCAGUAGGAUCAUCCCCAGAACAUUAUUGAUCAACCCCAGUGCUGACUAGGUCCUAAGCAUUGGCUACCUCUGCAUUUCCUGUUCAGUCGAGGGAAUCUCUUUGCUAUUUCUAUUUCAAGUGCCUUGAACAUGCUAUAUGGUAAUAGUGGAAAGAAUACUAGCCUGGGAGUCAAGACACCUGUGUUAUAUUCCCAGCUCUGCCUUUAACUUCUUAUGUGACCUUACAGUAGUCAAUUCAACCUCUCCAGGCCUGUUUCCUUUUCUGUCAAAUCAGAAUGUUGGUCUGAAUCAGGGGUUCUUAAUCUUGUUUAUGUCCUGGACCCCUU